UUAACUAUUUGGUAAUUGAUCUUCAAAAAAAAAAAAAACUUAUUUGGUAAUUGCCUUCUGAAAAGCAUUUCGUUUUGUUUCUGCCCCAGCAAACCCUAAUAACCUGCUUAUUGUUCUUGAUCUGAUACGCGGACUAUCUAGGGCUUGCUCUUUGUUCUGGUACACCAUGGCGUUGUAUUAUAGGUAUAAAAGUGAAAGAUUUUUCGAUUCAAUUGCCAUAAAUGUGCCAUUCAUCUCGGUCAGUUAUUUUAAACAAAGAAUUUUUGAAUCCAAGCGCUACGGAUGGGGUAAUGAUUUCGACCUUGUUGUCAUUAAUGCCCACACUAAUGAAGAGUAUCUUGAUGAAGCAAUGCUGAUUCCUAAAAAUAGCGCAGUUUUAAUUCGUCGAGUUCCUGGAUGGCCACGCAAGGCCAUGGUUGCCGACCGCCGAGUGCCGGAGGAAGAAAAUAAGAUGGUCAAUGCUGAACCAGAAAAGAGUAGCUUACCAGCUACUGUUGCUUCUACCAUGAUAUAUCCUGAGGACUCAGAGUGGAAUGACUUUUGGAAUGAUGUGAAUGGGCCUAGCAAUCCAACUGUGGAAACUCCCCCUACUAAUAUAGCUGAUGAGGAAAGCAAGAUUAAAGCUCUAAUUGAUACUCCAGCCUUGGACUGGCAAUGUCAAGGUCCUGAUGGUUUUGGCCCUAGCAGAGGAUUUGAAAGGGGUAUAGGUGGUAAAAUGGGCGGACAUGGUUUUGGGUUUGAGUGGGAAACACCUCCACAGGGCUAUGUGUGUCACAGGUGCAAGGUGCCCGGGCACUUUAUUCAGCACUGCCGUACAAAUGGUGAUCCGAAGUUUGACAUUGAAAGGGUGAAGCCACCAACUGAUAUACCAAAGUCCUUGCUUAUGGCUACUCCAGAUGGCUCAUACGCUUUGUCAAGUGGUGCAGUAGCUGUUUUGGAACCAAACGGAGCUGCUUUUGAGAAAGAAAUGGAAGGGGUACCAUCCACAUAUUCUGUUGGUGAGCUACCACCUGAGCUCUACUGCCGGUUGUGCAAGGAAGUACUGAAAGAUGCUGUGCUGGCCAAGUGUUGUUUUGAGAGCUUUUGUGAAAAAUGUAUCAGGAACCACAUAAUCUCAAAGACAACGUGUGUAUGUGGGAAAAAAAAUAUUGUCGCUGAUGAUCUCCUUCCAAAUAAAACGCUCAGGCAUACAAUCAACCGUAUAUUGGAGGGUGGUAGCAGUAGUUCUGAAAAUGCUGGAAGUACCUUUCCAGUUCGAGGUAUGGAAUCUGCUCGCCUGCUGCCCAAAGUUCCAUCCCCAACUUUAUCUGCUGCAUCAAAGGGUGAACAAAAGCAAUCUCCUGUUAGUGAAGAAACCCCGAAGAUACAUGAAACUGGAGAUGAGGGAAAGGCUGCUACUUUCCCGCAGCGUACAGCAAAGAAAGGGACUCAAAAAGCAGCUGAUUUGUCUGAAUUUCCGCAUGAGUCAGUGAGUGUGAGAGAAAUAACAUCAUCACUGGAGAGUGCUCCCUUGGCUGAGGAAGAAGUUCACCAGAAAGUGCCUACCAGUGAGGCUGGAAAGAAAAAGGAAAAGAAGAAAGCCCGCAUACCUGCAAUUGAUUUGCAGUGGAAAACCUCUCGAGACCUUGCAGCUGAGAACAAUAUAAUGCCUUCUGGUCCCUCUGCCUUUAAUCCGUACUGGACUGGCAUGCAACCUGGUGCUAUGGCUUACAUGGGUUAUGGAAUACGUCCUUUUGACAUGCCUUUUGGGGGUAUUGCACCUCAAGACCCAUUUGGUGCACAAGGCUAUAUGUUCACUCCUAUUCCACCUCAAAGGGAGUUUUCCAACGAUUGGGAGUUUGGUGGGGUAGUGAACCGUGUUGCUGAUGUUCCUUCAACAAAAUUGAAAUCUGUAUGUCUUUUGUAUUGUACUAAUUGCCCUUUGCCCUAUUUAUUUUUAUACUGCAGCUUUAUGAAAGGAAGAGAGAUUGUUUUGUUUCUGCUGUUAAGGUUAAAUAAUGGAUAUUUUAGAAGUUAUAGUUCAUUUGUCUUCAAUAUAUGUAUUUUUAAUGAUGCUCUAUCUAAUUAUGGAGUUAUCAUGGGAAGAGAGUGCCAGAGCAUUUCAAAUUUUGAUUUCUCUAUCUAUGCCUAUUUGGCUAUUAAAUGCACAUCUAAAGUGGCAGAAUAUGCAAAAAGCAAAAGGUGGUUUGACUUGCAUGGCUGUAGCAGCAUGUUUCUGGUCCUAUGGACCUAUAGCCUUCUAAUCCCAUCAGCGAAUUCAUCUCCCGCUAUUCUUGGAGGAAUUAAACAAUUCUUCUCUUUUUUUCUUCUUGGUCUUUUGCAAAUUGUAUUUAUGUUGUUAGUUUAGUUUUAUCCUCCUUUUAAGGCCGGAAUGCUUUGAAUUAAAGUGU